CUCUACCUUGCCCUUCACUUUCGAUCAACUUCGCAUCGCCUCUCUCUCUCUCUCUCUCUCUCUCUCUUUUGAUGUCGGAAUCAUCGACCAGGUCUUCCCCUCCAAAUCUUUCGAAACCCUAGUUCCACUAUCGAGGUACGGCGUACCGCUAUGUUAGUUUUGGGUUUUUGAGGCAUGGGUUUGGGUCGAUGAAUGAUGCCGGAGCUGCGUAGCGGAGCGCGCAGAGGCCAGGCGCAGGUGAAUCCAGUAAUCCAGGCCGAGAGGCCGAAGACGCGGCGGAGGCGGCUGGCGAGGAACCAGCAGCCGGUGGACGAGAACCCACCGUUGAGGAAGUCUGCUGAGCGUUCUGAAGAUAUCGUUCUGGUGGAAGGCCGAGGAGUAGUUGGUGAGUUUGCUGGGGAGGAGAACCAGGAAGAGGUGGGAGAGAGGAAGAUGAAUGAUUGUGAUAGCGGGGCGAAGAGCGCAGAUAAACUCGCUGGUGGUGAUGACGAGGGGAACACCACACCUCUUCCAGAAAAGGUACAAAUCAGUAAUUCGCCACUAUUCAAAGUCGAAAGGAAACUAGGAAAAGGUGGAUUUGGACAAGUAUAUGUUGGUCGUCGUAUUUCGCCUACCAAUGCAAAUGAUAGGACGAUUGGUUCUAGUGCUGUAGAGGUAGCAUUGAAAUUUGAACACAGAACCAGCAAAGGAUGUAACUAUGGUCCACCUUACGAAUGGCAAGUGUACAACACUCUUGGUGGCAUCCAUGGGGUGCCACGAGUCCACUAUAAGGGCCGACAAGGGGACUACUAUGUCAUGAUUAUGGAUAUACUGGGUCCUAGCCUGUGGGAUGUAUGGAAUAACAACUCACACACAAUGUCUGUGGAAAUGGUUGCAUGUAUUGCAAUUGAAGCAAUCUCCAUAUUAGAGAAGAUGCAUUCAAAAGGUUAUGUACAUGGAGAUGUGAAACCUGAGAAUUUCUUACUUGGGCCUCCUGGGACUCCUGAAGAAAAGAAAUUGUUUCUUGUAGAUCUUGGUUUAGCCACUAAGUGGAAGGACAGCUCUACAAGUGGGCAUGUUGAGUAUGAUCAACGUCCAGAUGUUUUCAGAGGAACUAUGCGCUAUGCUAGUGUUCAUGCUCACCUUGGGAGAACAGCAAGCAGGAGAGAUGAUUUAGAAUCCCUUGCCUAUACACUUAUCUUUCUUCUCCGUGGCCGUCUACCUUGGCAAGGGUAUCAGGGUGAAAAUAAAGGUUUUCUUGUCUGCAAAAAAAAGAUGGCUACAGCUCCAGAGGCUCUUUGUUGUUUUUGUCCACAACCUUUCAAACAGUUUGUUGAGUAUGUGGUUAACCUGAAGUUUGAUGAAGAACCUAAUUAUGCAAAAUGCAUCUCACUUUUUGAUGGCAUAGUAGGUCCUAAUCCAGAUAUUAGGCCAAUCAACACUGAUGGGGCUCAAAAGCUUAUCUAUCAGGUUGGCCAAAAGAGAGGUCGUCUAAUGAUGGAAGAAGAAGAAGAUGAUCAACCCAAAAAGAAGAUUAGGGUGGGGAUGCCUGCAACACAAUGGAUUAGUAUUUAUAAUGCACGGCGGCCUAUGAAGCAGAGGUACCACUACAAUGUGGCUGAUAUGAGGCUUGCACAACACAUUGAGAAAGGAAAUGAAGAUGGUUUAUUCAUCAGUUGUGUUGCAUCUUGUUCCAAUCUUUGGGCCCUGAUUAUGGAUGCAGGCACUGGCUUCACUGCUCAAGUUUACGAACUGUCUGCGAAUUUUCUUCACAAGGAAUGGAUAAUGGAACAAUGGGAGAAAAACUAUUACAUCAGCGCACUUGCAGGGACAAACAGUGGCAGCUCCUUGGUGGUUAUGUCAAAAGGUUCUGCAUAUGCACAGCAAUCUUACAAAGUCAGCGAGUCAUUUCCUUUCAAGUGGAUAAACAAAAAAUGGAGAGAAGGUUUUUAUAUCACUGCAAUGGCAACAGCUGGAAAUAGAUGGGCUGUUGUUAUGUCUCGUAAUGCAGGCUUUUCUGACCAGGUUGUUGAACUCGACUUUCUCUACCCUAGUGAAGGUAUUCAUCGAAGAUGGGAUUGUGGUUUCCGCAUAACGGCAACUGCUGCUACAUGGGAUCAAGUUGCCUUUGUGCUUAGUGUACCUAGAAGGAAGCCAAUGGAUGAGACACAAGAGACACUUAGGACAUCUGCUUUUCCUAGUCAACAUGUGAAGUAACUUUGUCGCACCCAACCAAUCUCGCCCAGUCUCUUUACCCGCGUGAUGAGUUGACCGAUUCCAAACGGGUCCCUCCCCAUUUUCCUACCGAAACCGUUGCGGUUUGGACACAACUUCUUAUCGACUGGCAUGAUCGUAAUUAUCUGGUAAAUGCAGACGCAAAAAGGAACAAAAUUUGAAUGGAAAUCCCACCAUGAAGAGGCUUUGCAGUUUCUAAAAGGUAUAUUGAUUGCCCGCAUGACGACCUGGUUGGCGACUGGUUAGACGGUGUGGGGCACACUUUGGUUCCUACGACGACAAGACGGGGAGAUGAGAUAAGAGAUUUGUUUUUUUUUUCUGUUUUACCCCGUUAAAAGUUCGGCAACGGAUCGAGUUUCUUCCUUAUGAAGCGAGAGGCGACGGCGAGAUCAGCUUAACGCCGUCAAAGUCAAGUUGGUAACAAGGGAAAGCGACAGAGAGAAAGAAAGCAGGCCGAGGGAGUUGGGACGAGAAAGGGAACGCGCAGCGGAAGCAAGUGACAUCGAGGUCGGCGAAAAAGCGCUUCCAACAAUCACCACUUGGCUAGGUUUUGUUCAAAUUUCAAAUUAUUCGCUAGCUCAUGUCCAUGCCCUAGGAGCAAGAACGCUUAUCCAGGUCUGUGUAUGUCGCCGAUCCGUUAACUUGUGAGAUCUGAACUCAGGAGUGCUGCAUUGCUUAAAAGAUGAUAGAUUUUCCUAUUAGAUACUAGGGUACAAGCUAGUUGUUGCAUUGAAAGCCAGCUUCUAAAGUUUACGGUUUAAGUCGUCAGAAGAUUGGUGGAUAAUAAACAGCAUGGGAACUUUAAAUGUCGAUGCUGAUGCAG